AUAUCCGAAAAUAGUUAGCGGGAUAAAGCAAGGCAGAAUCCGCCGCGAACCCUAGUUCAUUAUCAUCUCCAUUGGGUAAAUAAAGCUAUGGUAUUAUAUACCGCGCAUAUCGCGAGGGGAUAAAUAAGCAAUAUUGCAAUAUACACACACACGCACACACCCUAUCACGCACACCCUCUCAAUCACUCUCUUCAACACACACACACACACACGCAAACAGAACACGCACCGAGAUCAUCAACGUAUUUUUAGCUGUAUAAUGCUUGUAGCAUCGCGCUCGCUCUUAACCUGCAGCCAUUCAUCCAUGCUUGUAUUCCAGCAUUGCGAGUUAGAAAUCUGUCGACUUUAUGUCAGGUCGCCUUUUGUAGUAUAAGUCAUUUUCUCCGAGCCCGGCGCCAUUUGUACACCUUUCAUCGAAUGACACGCAUGUAGAACACGAUUUCCAGUUCUAAAGAUGGGUCUUUUCUGUGAUACAUAGAAGCUGUUUCUUCCGUUACUGAACACGUCUCAUUUAUGACGAUGAUAGGGUUGUGUAAUGGAUGCAAUCAGAGAGCCCUCGAAAGACAGGCCCUACAAUGACCCGUCCAGUACGUCUCAUCGGGGAUGAGCAUUGAUCAGGAAGGGGUUCCAAGGUAUCCCCAAGGCUGUUCAAAGCAUCCCUCGAAGAAUUGUUAGAGGGGUAUAAGAACAGCAGAGAUGUAGCCAAGUAGGUCACGAUCACGAUGAACGAUGAACAAUAGACCUUCUGAUUUUCCUCGGUUCCGAAGACGAUCACAAGCAGGACACGGAUUGCAUCGCUUUCGUGUUGGUGAUUCCAGUGCCCUUGAACACCAAGACACAACCAACACCAGGAACGACGACCCUCCCACCUUAGGAUCCGCUUCUUGUCCGAAUCUAUUACACGUGCAAGACCGAAGAAAGUCACCAGUAAUGCAUAACAGGUUGCACCUUUCCGUGUCUCUAAGCGACGAACAGCAAUCCUCACAGGCAGAGUUCUACAGCCGUUACGGUCAGGCGCAGAGGGCGUCCCCCACACUGUCAGACAAGGGGAUAGUUAGCCCCGUGAUGAUCCACUUCACUACGCGCAGAAUGCGAAAGACAUCGUCUACCUCAAGUUGCAGGUCGCUGUCCGAAAACGACAGCAUUUCGUGCGAUGGAGAGGAGGUGGACCCGAGCAAAGUCAUUCCUGAAAUCAAAAUAGAUAAAACCCUCUACAAGGACCAAAACGUGACGCAGAUUCUUGACUUCCUCUACAUGGGUGACCUUGAAGCAGCGAACCGAGAGCCUCUGCUGUGUCGUCUGAACAUCGAAUACAUCGUAGACUUGAGUAACCUAUCUGGUGAUCAAGUGAAGAGGACUAUUCGCCUCAAGGACUGCCCUUGCCUAUGUGCCUCGACCAUGAAGCACACCCGCAUUCGCCUCAACCUUCAUUUGGAUGAAUCCGUAGGAGAUGGCAUUAGCCACUAUUUCGAUGAAAUCAAUAGGUUCAUUGAGGGCGCUCGUAAAUCAAACCGCAAAGUGCUGAUCUACUGCGUAACUGGACUCAUCCUCGCUCCUACUAUCACCACUCAAUACAUGAUCCAGGGUAUGGGUAUGACUCUCAAGCAGGCGCAUGGUCAUCUCACCAAGAUCAAACCGGAAGUGACUUUCCGAGAAGGAUUCCAGAGGGCGCUUAUCAGACUGGAACAAAAACUGAGGCCAAAGGCGGCAUUGCCAGGUGUCUUUGACAGAAUCGGGAGAAGGGAUGCGCAGCAACUCCAUGCGCAUACUCAACAAGCUUGGAUGUAAACAUUGCCUUGGUAGUUUAUGUUGAAGAUAUAAAAUUGAUUUAAGCUUGAGCAUUGGGAGGGUGCUCAUAGGAUCUGAAUAUGCAACCUACUAAUGUUUUGUGUACAACUGAAGAAGGCCCUCUCGCGUAUGUGCUUCUCUUUUGUAAAGACCCACUUGUUCAGUUGGUCGAAAAUUGAAUAAGGGUCUGUGCAAGGUUCCAUGACAGUUGCUCUGGUGACAAUUGCUUUUGCAAAUGGAAUGACAAACUUUAACUUUGGAUUUAACACUAUACCCUAUCCUAAACCUAACAUAAAACCCUAUUGCAACCAUAACCCUAUAUUUUAGACGGAAUAAAGCUCGGAGCAAUUGUCGUGUCACCCCAUGGGUUGGACUUGUUGUUUUAUCCAAAUGUUACCAGAGAAAUAGUCAGUAAGAUACCUCUACUUCUCAGUCAAUAAAAACCAAGGAAAAUCAGUCAAAAAUAUUGACCAAACACUCUUUCGCAUUCCUAUUCCUCAUAUAUCAAAAGUGAUCAUAUUCUACUUCUAGUCCCCAUAUUUACACGGCAAAUAUCCCCUCCACUUUGGCAAACUGAUUUUUUAAUUUUUAAAGUAAUUAUAUUGAUGUUCGGGACAUUGGAUUCCAAAUAGUUUGCCUUGGAGGCAGGUGUGAAGUCGCCCAGUGAGAAAAGAUAAUGACGUAUUCAUAUCCAACUAAACAACCACUGACAACAGAAAACAAAGACCGAUAGAGAUAAAAAUGUGCUCGAUCAUACGUUCAUAAUUUGGGCCAACAUUUUAUUCUAAUGAACAAAUAUUUUUGAUUUUCAAAUGAACAAAUAUUUAUAAAUUCGAUUUAUGCAAAAUAACGUGAUGAAAUUGUAAAAGAAACCAAACUUUGUGUGUGUCGAUUAUAAAAUUAUGUUGCAUGUUACUGUGUGGUAGACAUUUCGAGAUUUUUGCAUUUGUAUUUAUGUGAAUUCACAAAAAAGUUUGCAAUUUUGUAACUUAAGGUGAAUCUACAUUGCUGUUCUCUGUUAAUGUUUGUAUAUUUCACCGUAUACAGGUAUGCAAUGUUAAUAAAGAUGUGUUGUAAAGAGCACAUUUGUAUUUUACAGGUAUUGCAUGGUCAAAAGGGUAUGUAAAGGCCCGGUCCCUCUGGCCAGAGGACGCAAAACGUAUGCAUAAAGGAUACAGCGGACAAGCACAAUUUCGGGGUGGCUCCAUCCGUUUUCAUUCGCUCCAGAAAUGGACAAAAUUGGCGAAGAAUUAACUCACAUACAUGACAGAGGACGGAUGCUCGAUGGACAUAGAGCGUAUGAAACACGCACGGUAUGCAAUUAGUACACAACGGAUGCAUAGCGUUUUCCUACGGAUGUCAAGAUUCCCCCCCCCCCCCCCCGUUUUACAUCCUCUUUGCAUCCGUAAAGCAGUGGGACCAAGUCUUUACCAGUUUUUCGUCUAUGGGGGUAACUCAAUUCAAGUUUGGUGUUGCUUUUUGUGCUGAUGAAAACCAGUCGUUGAUCCUUGUAUGAUUGAUUUUAGAUGACGAUGUAAUAAGUUAUGACUGAAAGGCAUGUUGAUUUUCUUAACUAGCCAGUUUCAAGCAAUGUAUUGACAAAUAUAACGUCAUUGAGUUGUUUGUGUGUGCGCGCGUUUGUGUAAUUAGAUUGUGUCAAUAUAUAAGUCUUUAUAGCCAAUGAUGUCACCAUGACCAAAGGUGCGCAUAGGGGCUCGAAUCCAAAACUUCUUGAGUACUUUACAAGUUCCACACAAUUCUAAAGAGUACCGAAGUGUAACGUCACUGUCGUGACAACGAACUUGCUGGUUCUAAACAGAGUCGCAGCUGACGAUCGUCUAUACACAUUUCCAUUUGCAAAAAUUACCAUCAUUCUGAGGUUGCAAGCGAUGAAAUUCCGUUAGUAGCUAUUUUCAUCUAUGAGAAACACGACGCUCCAGGUUCAUUUGUUUAGAACCAGGCCGCCAUGAUACCAUGGCAACUGACGUCAUCGCUUUGGUACUCUAUCACAAACAGACGACAGGGGCACGGCACAAUCGAAAAUUCGCUGGAAACGAAAUAUGUGGGUUUUUGCCACAAGGUGGCGGUAUUAUCGUUUCGUUUCCUUCUCUCUUGGAGGUUGCAUUUCAGCUCUCUCGCUUUUUUCUACCCCCUCCCUGCUUUAUGGAAUGUGUAAUUCAACAUAAUAAAUAUAUGCACUUUAAAUGUGUCUGCGUUUUUCUGCUAUGUGCCCAAUAUAGAUUUUGAAAAGGAGAAGAUGUUUUACUUGAUAUUAAAUCACACAGUUAUCGCUGCUAUAUAUGUUGAAUAAAACACGUGAUUAAGAUAUGGUAUAUACACUGUUAAGGGUAUCCCUUUCUUGUUGGUGUUAGCGUUCAUUAUGAAGAUGUUAAAAUUAGAAGAGAGAGAGAGGGAGAGAGAGAGAGUGAGAGAGAGAAGGGAGAGAGAGAGAGGAGAAGCUCAAAUUAAACGAUGAUAUGCUUAGAAUCAUGAGGGGCUUAACAAGUCUUAUCAGAUGUUUACAGGAUCCAUGUUAUGCUUUGUAUGACUUGUGUUGUGUUUAUCAUUAUAAUAAUUAUAAUUGAUAUCGUUUUUAUCGUCACAUGUCAAUGUGAUGAGUAUUAAUAUAUUUCGUAAUAAUGUGUAAUGCUUAUCAUUUGGUUCACCUUGAAACAGUUUUUUUGUAAUUAUGAACUAUGUAUUGUGAGUGCAGUUUGUAUGAAAAUCAUGCAUAUUCCGGGUUCUGACGCCAUCUACGCGGCAAAACGUGAGACUUCCUCAGGUAUGGAUGCGAAGGAUGCGAAAGAUAUUGUAUGUUUGAUUUUGCCAGCGCCAUAAUGAGGCUGCGAUGAAUGCAAGGAAUGCUCCCCAGGGAGUGGAAAUUGUGCACUUUUCGUGCGGGAUUGAAAUGAAUCCAAUGACCGGGGUAAUAAUAUGCUGUAACGCGCUUUGAGCCAUUCAGGGAAAAGCGCUAUAUAAAAAUUGGUUAUUAUUAUUAUUAUUAUUAUUAUGCGGAUCAUGUGACCAGGAGAUUUGAAAUAAGAUUGUUUGCUCACUUUAAAUUCUUCGUGCUGGCGCUAUUAUAUACGUGCUAUUUUUGUAUCCGAUGUGUAACCUGAACAAAGUAAAACAAAAACGAGUUGCGAGAGUUUUAAGAAUAAAGAUUUAUAUGACGGAA